AUCUCUUCGAGCUGCAUUCACGUGCCAUCGCCUAUAUAGAUAUCAGCGAGUGUGCAUCCGGUGAUCGUCUGGUGCCAAAGGCAUGCCCGUCGCUGGAGAAUCUUGCUGUGGAAGCAGCUUCACGGGUGCGGGACCCCGCGAACACCAACAGGACCCUGUACGACGUCUGGCGAGGACAGAUCAAGAUGGCAAACAAAACUAAUUUAUCUGUGCGUCCUGAGGUAAUGGACGCCACGUCCGACAAUGUACCUUUCAGCCUUUACGCUGGCGUGCCUUCCAUCAGUUUUCUUUUGAAGCCAGAGAAGAACGGCAAGAAGAGUGGCGAAGUGACGUACGCUGCCUACCACACGGCUUACGACACUCUCCACCUCUACAACUGGACUGAUUCUCGCCUAGCGCCUCUGUGUGCUCGGCUUCACGGCGCUGCACUCUGGCUUGCUGCUGAUUCACCGCUCAUCCCGGUGAAUUUCUCAGCGUCCGCGCUUCGCCUGAAAGAGUCGCUGGAGGAGCUUCGCAAGUCACCCUUCGCCCUGCAGCUGGAGCUGAAUGGCGUUUCUCUCGAUGCUUUGCGUUUGGCCAUCGAUCACUUCCAAAGGGCCGCUGACGAGUGGACAGAACACCUCGCCCACCUGGACGGCGCGAGUGCAGGUGAGCUCCGUGCCCUCAACGAUAGAAUGUCUGCGGCGGAACAGGCACUGGUGAAGCCGACUGGGCUUCCCGGACGUCCUCUGACCCGGCACUUGCUGUGGGCACCGUCCGAGUUUGACCGGCGCCGCGUCACUGGAUUUCCGGUCUUUGCCGACCUCCUGUUCUACAUCUCCCAGUUGCCUCCGGAGACGCGCGACCACGGCUGGAAAAACGUGCGAUUCUACCUGGCCGAUGUACUUGUGGCACUAAGGGCAUCUGCCGCUGCUCUUCGAGUGACUUCUCCGUGAAGCAGCUCUUGGCCGUCCACUGUCUUCUUACAAUAAAAAUAAUCGUUCCCGUAGAAAAA